AUGGCGGGGGGGAGGCCCCCUGUAACACUCUCAUUGUCGCCAUCAGACCCGUUUCUUUCCUCGUAUCUGCCUUCUCCACCGCGUAAGACCGCCGUUUUCCUACUGAUUCUUGCCUUCUUGUACACGCCGAUCCCUUCGUUGGCGGCGUUUGCGGGCCCGACAGGAACACAGUCCGCCCCAUCAAACGAUUCUGCCAGCGCGAGUUCGCGUGGAGUGCGGAAGCAGCGACAUGGACCUUCUAGAGAUUUUUUUUCGAGUCCCUCUUCGCCCACGCGGCUCGAGGCGAGAGAUCGGUCUUCCGCUCCUUCUGUUGAAGAACGAUCUGUAGGUUUUGAAAAGGGGGGAGAACACCUUGUCCACUCCCGAAAGCCCGGUAGAGAUGGUGCGCCGUACAGUGCGACAGGAAACCAGAAGGCUCUGCGGACGAAGAAAUUGCGAGAAGGCAGUUUCCGGAAAUCAAGGAAGCACUCGAGAGUUCGCAGAGGAUCCGUUGCUGAGGAGUCUCCUCGGCUUUCGGAAAAACAGACUGAAAACACGCCUCUGCUGAGCCGGCGCCCCCACGACAGAGUUGAUGCGAAUUUCCCGGACAAUGCUGACAGUUUCUCUCGAGGCUCGCGCUCAAUCGCCAAGCGGAGAGCAGUUCACACCGACGGACUCGAUUGGCAGCCACCGCUGCACGAUGGGUCGCACAGCAAAAACUAUGGGGGUCCGCAGGGUGAUCUUAUUCGCCGGGGCGGCGAGCCAGGGCCGAGCCCUUCCAAGUUGAAAACCAUAUCCGAGCAACUGUCAACAUCGUUUCCUGUUUUCGGGUUGGCCGAUGGCGACGAGACAGGAGGAAGAACGGCCGUCGGGCAACGUGAAACGGAUGAAAGAGGAGCAAAGCAAGACACAACAGGACCGUUCCGGACUUCGUGGAACAAGGCAAAGGCGUCUAUGGAGGCGUUGUUCAAACCGAACGUUGAAGACGAGGCCGCUCGUCGAACGCCUUUGACCUCAGAUCUAUUCGGCCAGAAUUUCGCUGUAGGUUCUCGGGAUUCCACAUCCCCCAAUACUCUGCCUUUUUCUUUCCAGCAAACCCCUGGAAACGCAGGCGGAGGCAGUUUUUCUCCAGACCCGCAUGCACAAGGCGGCGCGAGUCCGAUCCUCGCGGGACACAUCGGCGGUUCCGCCGACGCUCUGCUGGCUCUUCUCGCUAGAGACAGCGAGAACAACUACGGUGAACCCCGACUGUCACCUCCGGACCUUGAGGGGAAGCCUGCUUUUUGGCAUCCACGCGACACGAGAGAAAGCGGAGAGUACGAGCUGAAGCCGCGAGACGAGUUCCCAAAAUUGCCUGCCAGCCACGUUCCGGCAGACCUUUCGUCUCUGCGGCCAAGUUCGCCCUCUGCGGCGAUUCCAUCCCCGCUCACCGAACAUGCAUAUCCGCUUUUUUCGUCUCCCGCUUUCACUGAAGCGGCCCAAGCACCGGUCAGCGGUUCCACUUGGCUGACAAAUACAGACGCCCCGAUCGGCACAUAUCGUGGCGUGCUCUCGGAGGAGCCGCCUCGCCUGUCCACGUUUGGCGACGGAGAGCCCAUCCCUUCCACGGAUCUGCCAGGUGUUGACGGGAAGUACCCAGCUUCUUUUCCUGUGAGGGCGUCUCCUCUUCAGCCCUUUCUGAGGGACCAAGCUGAGAAGGCGGCAAAAGUGCUGCGAGAAUUAUCCUCGUCAAACCCCCUUCCGCCGGAACUUGACGAAGGUGACGUUCCACGGGGUAGCGGGCUUUUCGGGCCUGGACCUUCCCAGCAGGGGGAAAAUGAGCAUUUGGCCUCUCCACGUGAUUCCCAGACGCACCAGACUCAGCCGAGUAUUCUUCCUCAAGAAGAACCCGACUCUGGAGCCGUCACGGAACGUCACCAGCGCACUGAACGCGAAGGUGACAGCGUUCCACGUCCCCACGCUGUUACUGGCGAGACGCCCGAUCAGGAUAGUGGCCAGCUGCGAACGCAGGUUGAAAAAGGCAGUGCACAAACGCCCCACUCCGAGCAACAGCCUCGAGUUGCCAAAUUUCGAAUGGGUCCACUUAAAAGUACCUCUGCUCCAGGGACUCACUGUUUUGUGGCCUUCCUUUCUGCGCUUUCCGACGAGUCUCAGCAGCAAAAUUUGCUUGGAGUUGCCGAGCAAGACGCAGAACUCACGGAGACUCUUGCCGCGUUGUCGGAUACAGAUGAUGGGCGGCCAUUCUCGAGCUUUGUCCCUGCUCUUGCUGGCCUGGGCUUCGCUUUGAGGCGUCUGGGAGUGCCCAAGAAUGGAGAGGCCGUGUUCAAGGUGGGGAUUCUGGCACGUAAGUUUCGAUAUCUCCUGGAGAUGUACGCAGAGCGGCUUUCGACCGGAAUCUAUCGGAGAGACGCAGAAUCAGUCGGCAUGUAUCUGACCCAGGAGGUUUCAGAUGCCUUUCAUAGUCUCGUGGAAUAUUUCGAGAUACAGAAGGAUGCGUUCCAGCAGUCGGGAGUCCCAGGCCUCGAUCAGCUGUUUUCAGACAUUACUCUCUACCAGCGUGUUGAUAAACUUCUUGGCUUGUACUGCCCGCCGUACGUGGAUAUGGUGCAGCACGAGGACGGCUCAAGCGCCCUCGAUUUUAGUCUCCUUCACGCAAUUCACGCAGAUCCAUCGGCAAGGAAAUUCAAGAGGCAGGGACUCCUCGAUAGCCCGGUCACGUCUCUGGACAGCGGUCCGAUGCAAGGUGGUGCCAAGGCCAGCAGACGAGUUGACGGUGAAGAGAGCAGGACGCCGGCACACGAAGAGGAAGACUCCCGCAGACGGAGGGAUCCUGGCCGCAGGCAGGGUGCGAGUGAGGAAAACACCGACGACAUGCGCCUCCUAGCAAGGCUCCUGGGGCAAGAACGCGGAAGCGACACCGGUGAAAGGCAAGCCUCAAAGCUAAACAAAAUACUUCCCGUUCUGGUUGCCUGGGAAAAAGCUAAAGCACAAGAAGAGGCAGCAAUAAGAGCGACGUUACUGAAGAAGGAAGGACAUCCGACUGCAAGGCAAGCUGGACUGGGAGCGGUCUCGACGAUGAGGAAUGUUCGAGAAGAUAAGGCAAUCGCCGCACCCGGUGCGCGACUCGAUGAAAACCGCGUCAGCUCAAGAGUACCUUCUGGAAGCUACAAAGCGACCGUGGGUGAAAGCUACCAGACCCAUCCGUUGUCUUCCACUGAAAGGCCUGGUGACGGGACUGGUGACGUAUCACCUGCUGUCCUCUUGCGAUCAGGCAUUGAGAGGACCGAAGGGGACGGAAGAGAGCAAGACCGAGAGCGCCGCACUCGCUCGCGCCUGCCUGGAAGUCCCUCCGCGACGGCACAGAACUCUGGGGCCCCCGCGGAUGGUGACAACCCGAUUGAAGCCACUGACUUGCCUGAAAGGGAGCAAAACAAAACGGCGAAACAGAGGCAGAAAGAUAAACGAAAGAAACCGACAAAGACGCUCGAUCGUUUCCAGGUUGUGCCUUCAGUGUCCAAGGCGUCGACGGCACGAGCACCAGGCGGCCCGCGAGAGGGCGCGGAGGACUUCAGUGUCCGAACAACCCAACAGGCGAGCCAGGGUAACGAGAGAGAGCGUGAAAUAAGGCGACCCAAGGACGGCAAACCAAGUCGUCAUCUCCUGCGGAAGACCGCUGCAGCCCCGGAAACGGACGCUGUGAGAACGGCGACCGACUUGCAGAGAAGGGAACAGCAUGCGGGUAAGAAGGCGCAGUUUACAAACGAUGCCUCCAAGCAAGACAAUGACUCCAGCAAAGGCGACAGCGCUGACAAGGACGCCCAGACGAAAUCCAAAGUCAAACAGUCGACGAGCCCCGCAGGCUUCGGGAAACAGGCAUCGUCGGGGACGAUACAAGUCCGCGCGUCUCACGCAGUGUUUAUGACAUCUCGAGAGCUCGCGUUCCCUCGAGCGACUGCGACGCUCGUGGUUCCCCCCGAGCAAGCCGCGAUGGCGCAACGUGGAGCAACGGUCCUAACGGGAACAGGGGCGUUACGUGGACAGGCUGCUCCGGAGAAUCCGAAAGCGUCCAGCCUUCCGGCCCGUGCAGGGAUGACGUCCCCGAACUCUCGGGCGGACUCGCUCGCCUAA